AUGUAAAAAUAAAUCAAAAACUACACAAUUUAAUAGCAAAUAGGCAGAGGAGCUAAUGGAGUUGUAUAUCUUGCAAUUAAAGAUGAAGAUAAAUGCGAAUAUGCUUUUAAGUUAUUAGAAGAUGAAAUCUCUGAAAAAGAAUAAGAGAUAAUGGAGUAUAUUUAUUCAAAAUAUUAUUAAGACAAAUAAGCAAAUACGAACUCNGAAAACUUAUUAUUAUUAAAAGAAAUAAUCAAAAUAAAAAAAAAACCAAAAAGAUAGUUUAAUUUAUUACUACUAAAAAAUAAAAUAAUAGUUCAGUUGAUUUAUAACAGAGAUCUAGAUCUACUACUGCUAAUAAUCCUAAAUAAUUAAUUAAUCAUCCUACUGAGAAUAAAUAAUUUGAAUCUCCUAAGAAAAUUUAACUUGCAUCUCUAACUUAAUUUUAGUAAUAGUAAUAAUCUCAACCACAUCUCAUCUAACCAUAGUAAUCCAUACCAUUUUUAAAUACUGCUUCAUAAUUUAAUAUUUUAAGACCACUUCCUUCUAAUUAAUCACCUGUUCAUAGACUUAGUAGUCAUAAUGGUGGUAAUACCCCUAUUAUUAACAAUAUUUUGAAUACAGAACAAUAAUAAUAACACUAAAAUCACACUCCAGUUUAUGGUUAUAUUAGAAAAACAAGUGUGAUAUCAUAAGAUACAAAAGUAAUUGAACCUCCAAGUAUCUAUUUUUAUAUUAUAUUUUGCUAUUUUAGGAAAAAGGAGCAAUACUUCUACUCGAAAACUAAGUGUUGUAGAAUUAGAUUGUCAUGAUUAAUAUAAAUAUGAAUAAUAAGAAAGUAAAAUACAAUUUAAUUUAAAAUUUAGAAAUUGUGCAUAAUUAAUUUCUACCUAGAGGAUGGUGUAAAACCUUACCAUUUUAAAAAUUUUUGCCUCCUAAAUAAAUGUAAGUCCAUCCUCAAUUUAUUGAACUUAAUGCUUUGAGAUAACAAAUUAAAAUUCCUAUGUCAGUCUACCUAUAAAUUCCAAAAAAAAAAUGA